AUGGUAGACAACUCACAAGCGGCGACCUCGCUGCUGACGGAACACUUGCAAUACACUCCUUUGUCGCUGAUCGACGACAUCAUCAAUUCGGUAAACAAUUUUGUGUACCAAGGCGUCGGAAGUUUGGAAACCGGGCUGCUGUCUACACCACCAGAGAAACUUGGUUUCGAGGCAGUCAGAGACAACGAGCAAGAUGCGCCGGAAUAUCCAGCCGCGAAACAAGAGAUAGAAGAGGGCCUCCACAAACUCGAGACAUUGUUGAACUCUACCGUGGACAAGAACUUUGACAAAUUGGAGAUAUACGUCCUGCGGAAUGUCCUCUCCGUCCCAGCGGAUUUGGUUAAUUGGGUGCGCCUGAGUCACUACCAGAACAUUUCAUGGCCACCCUCUGAAAAUGCGCCUACGGCUGAAAGCAUCCAGCUCCUUCGUCGGAAAUUGGCCGCAUCACGAGCUGUGUCCAGGUCGUUAUUGGAAGAGCAUGCCCACAACGAGGCAUUACUCCAACAGCUUCGAGCGAUUGUAGGCCAGGGGAAAGGACACAGUACCAACGAAGACCUUUCAUUUCUGCGGAAUACACCGAAUUCUGACGCGCAGACACUGACCACCAACACCAAUUUUGCGGUCUCUCAACUACCUGCGCUCCGGGCCUUGCUAGCAGACCUUCGACCAAAGUUGAGGACAUUACAGGACUCUAACGCCGGACUUGCAGUGGACACCGCUAAGGACGAGGUUCGCGAAGAGCGUCGUGGCUAUAUCGAGCAAAGAACACGAUCACUGCUGGAGCGCAACGGCGAGAAUGUUGCCGAAAACGCUACAGUGGUUCCCGGCAAGCGAGUGGAUCCUGAGGAGGUCCAAGCUAUGGAGAAAGUUGCUUCUCUGUUCGACCCGGCAUGA